ACAAACUGUCACACCUAGACGGCGACAUAGAGCUCGAAUCUGCUAAAAAAACAACAACAUUUCACUCUCUUUUCCUCCUGGCCAAAAUGCCUGAGCACGUUUGAGUGACCAUGGAGCGCGUUUGCCGUCAUGUAGUGAAACGUUGACAAGCGGAGGAUUUAUUUCGUUGGAAUGAAAGUUUAAAGAGCACCGAAGGAGAACAACAUGGCUGUGCGGGAGGAAGGAGAGGUUUUGCACAGUAAAAUCAGACAGCACGAUGGUGUUGUUGGCAAUGCAAACAGCGCGGAGAGCUUCAGGAACGGCUAUGUGAAGAGCUGCGUCACUCCAUUAAAACAAGACCACCAAAGGGGCUUUUUAUUCAACGUCUGUAGGUUUUGCAAUGAUGAUAUCCUCAACUCCAAACUAUUCCGAGGCUCGGCUCUCUACCUUGGAGCGCUGGCAAUUUUGGCGCUCUCCUUUUUAUUUUCUAAGCGCUUUCAAAGUGAACGAGGCGUUUCGGAACUGUGGACUUUUCUGUUUGAUUUCUCCCAGUCCAUCAGUCCUUUAUUCAGCAUAGGCUGUGCUUAUUUCUUCCUGACCCUCUAUCUGAGGAGGAAAAAGCGGGAAAGCAGCAAAUGUUGGCUUUUGUCUUUACCAGCAUCAUGCUACUUGGGGGAUUUCAUUGUUUUGCGCUUUUUGCAAUGGGGAGAGGAGCACCAGCAGAUGCAGAUGAUGGGCAGGUUGUUGUUUGUGCUGGGCUGUGUGGGUCUGCUCACUCUCAUCCCCACUCUCAAACUAAAACACAGUGUGCUGAUCCUGGUGUUCGCAAGCCUGGUGUGGCUGCUGUCCUUCACCAGCCUCGGCUGUCUGUCUCCAUCUCUCAGGCCGGUGCUGGCGUGCAUGGCGGGGGUCUCCGGCUCUCUUCUGGCGCUUUGUUUUGAUAACUGUUGCCCACCGAGGGAGACGGCCAACAGAAUUCCCAAUGCGGAGGAGAAAGUUCCCGUCAUUAGACCCAGGAGAAGGUCCAGCUGUGUUUCUUUGGGAGAAACGUCAAGCAGCUAUUAUGGCAGUUGUAAGAUGCCUCGCAGACCUUCUCUGCCGUGUAUUUCCAGAGAACAGAUGAUCCUGUGGGACUGGGACCUGAAACAAUGGUACAAGCCACAAUAUCAGGGCGCAGUGAGUGGAAAUGGCGUGGAUCUUUCCGUAAUAAAUGAGGCCAGGAACCUGGUGUCUGACCUGCUGAUGGACUCCUCUCUCUCGCCCCACGUUCUCUCUUCACUGCGCAGCGCCAGCAGUCUCAUGGGAGCUUUCUCUGGGUCCUGUCGGCCACGGGUCAACCCCUUUACCCCCUUUCCUGGUUUUUACCCCUGUGCUGAGAUUGAAGACCCCUCAGAGAGAGGAGACAGAAAACCACUGAAGGGUCUGAGCAGCAGGAACAGUUUACCCACCCCUCAGUUGAGGCGCAGUUCUGCCUCUUCCUCUCUGCCUCCCUUGGAAUCUGCCGCCUCACGCUGGGAACGCACCAAUGGAAAGAGAUCUCACUCUGAGCAUAGCAGCCAGAGUUGUGUAUCGAACGGGCCCAACAGCAACCUGCUUACCAUCCCUAAACAGAGAUCCUCCUCUGUCACCCUCUCCUAUGGCCAUACUGUCCCCAGAAGACCAGGUGCCUCUCCCAGCCUGAGUCCGGUCAGCUCACCGAGUCACAGCCCCCCUGCUGUUUCCGGCUCCUCUUUGGUCACACGCUCUCCGGUGGAGUUCCCAGACACAGCUGAUUUCCUCACCAAGCCCAGCGUCAACCUGCACAAAACACUGGCCUACACGCCAAGCUCCCCUGAUUUCCAGCAGCAGUAUCGUGGCCCCACUUCAGUCCCUUUGUGCACCAGUUGUGGCCGACAGAUGCUGAAGGGUGUCUCCAGUGUGGAAGUGGGCGAGGGGCAUCACCCAGCAGCCAAUGAAAUGCAACGAACUCGCUCAGCUGAAGGUGUGGAGUAUGGAGGGGAAAAUCUGAUUCGAGAGGAGAGCAUGGAAGCUGAGUCUCAGGAGGAGAAAACUCCAGACACAGCAGCGGAAAAACAGAAAAGCCAGUCCGAAGAAGAGGAACAGACUUCAAGUACAGAGCAGUCCUCACUACAUCCUGAGGGAGACGAGGAGUUCGCAUUGGAUCCCAUGUUGGUAGAGCAUGAAGCACUCAUGGAGAAGAUCAACACCUGGAACUUCCAGAUAUUUGAGUUAAUGGAUAUAACGGGAGGGAAGACUGGAAGGAUUCUUAGCUAUGUGGCGUACACUUUGUUCUAUGACACAGGUCUGUUUGAGAUCUUCAAAAUCCCUGUCCGGGAAUUCAUGACGUACUUCUGUGCUCUGGAGAAUGGCUAUCGUGAUAUCCCCUAUCACAACCGUGUCCAUGCCACUGAUGUCCUUCAUGCAGUGUGGUAUCUCACCACCCAGCCAAUCCCAGGCUUUCAGCAAAUAAAUAACGAGCAUGUCACAGGAAGUGAUACAGAUUCAGACAGUGGAAUCUCCCCAGGCAGGGUGGCAUACGCAACGUCCAAAAGCUCAUCUUUCUCAGAUGACAGUUAUGGCUGUCUGGCCUGGAAUGUGCCUGCUCUGGAACUCAUGGCACUAUAUGUAGCAGCUGCUAUGCAUGACUAUGAUCAUCCUGGUCGCACAAAUGCCUUUCUUGUAGCCACUAACGCUCCUCAGGCGGUGUUGUAUAACGACCGCUCGGUUCUGGAGAACCAUCACGCUGCCUCUGCCUGGAGCCUUUUUCUAUCCCAGCCAGAGUUCAACUUCCUUGGCAACUUGGACCACGUUGAGUUUAAACGCUUUCGAUUCCUUGUGAUCGAGGCCAUCCUCGCCACAGACCUGAAGAAGCACUUUGACUUCCUUGCUGAGUUUAAUUCCAAGGUUAAUGAUGUGAAUAGUCCAGGCAUCGAAUGGACUAAUGAAAAUGACAGGUUAUUAGUGUGCCAAGUGUGCAUUAAGCUGGCAGAUAUUAAUGGGCCAGCCAAAGACCGCAGCCUUCACCUCAAAUGGACAGAAGGGAUUGUCAAUGAGUUUUAUGAGCAGGGUGAUGAGGAGUCCACUCUAGGGUUACCCGUAAGCCCAUUUAUGGACCGCUCAGCACCACAGUUAGCAAAGCUGCAGGAGUCUUUUAUUACACACAUCGUUGGGCCUCUUUGUAACUCAUAUGAUGCUGCCGGUCUGCUGCCAGGAUACUGGAUUGACGAAGAAGGCUCUGACGAUGAAGAGGAGAUGGAAGACAUCGAAACGGAAGAUGAAGAGCUGGAUGAGGAUGUUGAACCAAAGAGGAGGAAGGGUCGACGCCGGUUGUUCUGCAACAUCAUGCAGCACUUAACAGAUAACCACAAGGUGUGGAAGAAGACCAUUGAGGAAGAAGAGAAGUCCAAAGAGCUGGAGACUCAGCAGAAGCAUCAAGCCGAGAGCCCCAGCCUUCCUCCAUCCAAUUCCUCCUCUGACGACAUCCAGGUCAUUCAAGAGGAGGCUGAGGAGGAGGAGCGGCAGUAGCAGGAGUAAGGUCAAGAAUUGAAGCUCAGAGAGGGGCUUGAACAGAGUUAAACCACCCCUCCCUCUCCUUCACCUAAACACACGCACACACACACAUUGACACCCAGAGGAAGACCCUGCAGGAUCUACCCAUGCUGAAAUUAGUCACUGUGCCGACACUCUGAAGCUAAUGCAGUUCACAUUGUGUUGGAAAAAAAAGGCCUUACUACUGUGAGAGGACCCUCGGUGGGAGUACCACUCCUAUGCACUUUCACCCCAUGGAGAAUCAGUGGAGACUGAACACAUCUUUGAAAGACGCAGUGAGAUUAGAAGAAAACGUGGUAAAAAAAUCGUGCCAUCCAUGGUUACCUGUCUGUUAUGCUGCCUUGAACAUAAAGCUCUUAAUUCUCCCAUUGGUACUUCUUAUGUCAAAUAGGACACAAAUAUGACUAGAAGACAAUGGCAUAAUUGACACUCGUUACCAAAGUGAACAGUUCAAAAACACGAAAGACUGUGACUGAGGCCGUUUCAGGCUCUGUGUCAGGAAGCAUAAUUCAAAAUGUGCCUGUCUGAACUUUUGUGGUGUGUGUAUAUAUAUAUAUAUAUAUAAAUAGAUUGUUUUUAUUUUUAUUGUGGUCCAGACAAUGGACUGUGUACGCUGCACUGUAUGUGCAGUCCCCAAUUCAUGCUGGUGACAUAAAACACUGUAUUACUGAACAGAGUCACUAGGAUAAGUGGAAAUGCUGACAUUUUUUGACUGAAAAAUGACCUGACUUCUGCAUCGUUUUGGAUGCUUUUUAUUCAUGUGCAUCACCUCUUUUCAUUUGCAUUUGUUGUUUGAAUGGUAUACCCCCCCCCCACCCAAUUUGUGGUGUUUUUUUCCCAUUAACCUUCAGAAAUACUGAGUUGCCAAUCAUUGAGUUUUCUCUGUAAAGUCCAUCUGUGUUCAAAAGCAUAGCAAAUGGGACAGGAAAGCUGGUCCAGUGAAAGGACGUUUUUCCUUUUUUAGAUAUAUAUUUUUUCACGGUUACUCAGGAUUCAUGUGAAGGAUUGUUCCUUGUUUUGCAGGUAAAAAGUUAAUUCUGCAAUUUCUAAAUAACUUGCACGUUAAAAAGUUCUUUUCAGAGCCUGAGAAAAAGGUUUCUAUUUUUUGUAUGAACAACUUGAAAGUCAUUAACAAAAAGAGAUCUCUCAAAGUGCAGAGUCCUGGAAAUUAACACCAGUCCUUAUCAGCUGCUCCAGACUAGUAUAGCCAUGUAUAUUUUUGCAGAGACCCCCUGAUAAGCAUUGGGAUCCAGGAAUCUUAAGUAAAAUUGAAAUGUUUGUUUGGUUUAGCAUGCAUGUCAUAGACUAAACAUUGCUUUGGGGGUUACUUUGUUUGGUAUUAUUCAAACUUACAAACACGUGCUUUUACUUAAACUAAUUAUUGCCAAACGCAUAAUCUGGCCAGUGCAAAUAUUUCAAGUAAUUCAGGGUUUUCACCUUGAAAGCUGUACAUGAUUUGUUUUGUUUGUUUUUUUCUUUAAUUUUUUUAUAUAUAUUUUCUUAUUCUUCACCAAAAGGCAGGUUUAAUACUAAUAGUUAUAUUUUUUCAAGAAAUCGAGGCAUUCCACUAGAAUAAUGAGGGAUGUCUGGGGUGUUGGAGACUGACUUGAUCUCUGCCUCACCUUGCCGAAACUCAUUUUGUCUCUGUAGAGGAAGGUUCUCAAGUAGGCAGUGUAAAUCAAGCUAGUAUAUUUAAGAAGGGGGGAAAUUGGAAAUAAAUGUGCACAUUUUACUACCAAACAAGUGUUUAAUCUCUGCACAGAAAGAAUACUAUAUAUAUAUAUAUAUAUAUAUAUAUAUAUAUAUAUAUAUAUAUAUAUAUAUAUAUAUAUAUAUAUAUAUAUAUAUAUAAUGAUAUUAUAUAUUUUUAAUUAACAAUGUGUCUGUUUUCUACAUACAGUUGACAUAUAUUGUAUCAUAAGAACAUGUAAUUAUCAUUGUUUCAGGAGUUUAAAAAAAUCGAAUGCUAUUUACUGUUGUGUUUGGGUGUUGUGUUAUUCAGUUUGUUCGUUUUAUUUUAUUUUGGGUGCACUGUCUUUGUGUUCCUGCUCAUAACCACUCUUUACCGAAAGCCUCCUUAUUUCUAAAGCUUGCUGUUUUGAGUCAUUAUCUCAACGGUGUUGCCAGAUAUCCCUCCACCCACUCCCCCCUGUUUGUGGGUGUUCAUCAGUCACUUUGCCCUAUGCUCAGGGUGUUCUGUGUUGGGGGCUUGUGCGCACCCAAAGCAGCUUGUGGUGCUUUCUCUUUCCAGACUGUGUUAAUCAUUUCUUGGAUCCGGAAACCCACCAUGCUCAGUCACCCCUCCCCUUCCCCCUCCUUUUGCUGAGGUUAGGAGCCUUUGCCUCAGCUGGUCAACCUUCAGAAUGUCAUUCAGGUUGUCAAGAAGGGUAACAUCGGAUCUGAGCAUCACAGUGUCCCCAACCCCCUUGUGUUGACCACUCGCUCGCUCGAUCGUCGAAGCGGACUGUGGUAUCUCACUGUGGGGGGGUUCACCACACCACGGUGACCUCCGAUGUUCUUGUCAUCAGUACCUUUAUGAUGGCAUUAACUUUUUAUGUAGCAUUUAGAUAGCAAUGUCUGAUGUAACCAUUCAACUUUUUCAGGGUUGUGGGAGAGAAUUGACUUUUUUGUUAUUAUUUAUAGCUGUCAUAAAAGCACCAUCCCUGAAUUGUUCCACUCUCUCAAUUCAUUUCUGUCUGUCAUAUUUUUUUGUCCGUUCUGUGUUUUGCAUGUGAGCGGAUGUGUAAUUGCUUGUUUCAAAGCCUCAGAAUGAUGCACAUUACAGAAUCCUAAACUUUUUUUUUUUUAUCAUUUAAAGGUUUGAAAGCACCUACUCUUUCGUUAUUAGUAGUAUUUUCUAAACUAAAAUGAUCAAAAAAGUAAUCAAAACUAUUAAAUGCCACCUGGGAUUCUUUUAAAACCAUAUUGUAGUUU